UCACAUACCUGGCAUCAGAUAAUUUUAUCCUUCAUAGAUAAACAAGGUUGUGAUGUAAUAUCCCGUCCAAGCUGAACAUGGAGUCUGAGAGGUCCUUCUACCCCUACAUUGUAGUUGGCUGUGGCGGGGUGGGGAGUGCGGCGGUGUAUUGGUUGUCCCGUCGGGCGGGUUCAGACGUGCUAGGUCUGGAACAGUUUGAGUUAGGUCACAGUAAUGGCGGUUCCCAGGACCAUUCCAGAAUCAUUCGUUUAGCCUACCACGAUGACCGCUACACCAAACUAACACCAGAAACGUACAAAGCAUGGCAGGCGGUGGAAGAAGAGUCUGGGAUCAAAUUAGUCCAUAAGACCGGGGGUGUUCAGUUCGCCAAACGGGAAGAGAUGGGCAAGAUCGUGGACGAGUACGCCAAGGCUAUGGACGCAAACAAUAUCAAAUAUGACCGCAUGAAGGGCUCAGCGCUGCGGAAACGUUUCCCUCAGUUUGAGAUAGAUGACAGUUACGAAGCGAUAUAUGAACCACAGUCGGGUCUCGUGGAUGCGGCUAUGGCAAACGCCGUGCACAUUCAGCUGGCCCGGGGGAGGGGCGCACGCGUCAUAGAUAACUGCCCGGUUAAAGGCGUGGAACGUGCAAAGGACGGUAAAAUUACCGUCUACACGGCCAAGGGGGUUUUCCAGUGUCGCCGUCUGGUGGUGGCCCCUGGAGCCUGGAUAAACCACGUGCUUGGAUCAGUGGGUGUUCACAUCCCAAUCUACGUCACCCAAGAACAAGUGACUUAUUUUGCAACUCCUAACAUAAAAGAUUUCACCAAAGAGAGAUACCCUAUUUGGAUAUACCAUUCACCGAAAUACGAUUUCUACGGACUACCCAUACAUGGUAACUCUGGUAGCAAGAUAGGUAUAGAUGCCGGUGGUCCCGUCGUCACAGCCGAUUCACGAACCUUUGAGCCAGACAAAAUCAGAGAGAAGGCCUGCAUAGAACACUUACAGAAAACCAUUCCGAAGUCCCUUGGUCCGCUGAUGUAUACAAAAACGUGUCUCUAUACCAUGCCUCCAGAUCGGCAUUUCGUCAUCGAUACAUGCGCCAAGACCGGAUGGGAUGACGUAAUAAUUUGUUGCGGCGCCGGACAUGUGUUUAAAUUUGCGUGCCUCGUUGGAAAGAUUCUAACAGAGAUGGCAGUGGACGGGAAAACUCAGUAUGAUAUAUCACGAUUCAAUCUCGAUCGUGAGGCUCUAACGGACCCCAAUUGGGAUCCCGUGUUGUUCAUGGGAACUGGCGGGAAAGUCCCAACACCGUCUUCCAAGAACACCUCAAAGCUCUAAUACGUCUGCUGACUUCUUGCAAAUUGCUAUGAUUCACACGAUUUAUCGCAAAUACUAAAUUAUUUCAUAUAGGUUUAUUCAAGAAAAAAAAUUCAGUUGUGAUGGGUAUUUUAAAUACAUAUAAAGUAUUUAAAGAUGGACAUGUUGGAAAAAUGAUUUACAUGAUAUAAAGAUACUUCUUUAACUGGUCUUGUGUAAUUGAGUCGAGUUGGAUAUAACGUACAUGUAUGUAACUUCAAUAUAAAGCAGUUUUAACGGAGAAGUUGGGUGAUUUUAAUUUUUGAAAUUUGUGUAUAUUUUAUUGGUUUGAUUAUCAUGCAGAAAUAAAACUAAUGUGCUCAUAAAAUA